CUAGUGUCGUUACAAGAAUCGAAGAAGCUCAUCUGCGACUGCGUUCUUUUAAUUAUCGCGAAAUAUCUUGCAAUUUAGAAAAAUCGUAAUACUAGUGUUAAUAUUACAUUUGUAAAUUCGUUGUAUUUGUUAUUAUGGCAGACAAAAAAGUGACCCCGCCGCUGGGCGCCUACCCGCAGCCGCAGCCCCCGCAGGGACCCUUCCUGCCGGCGCCACCGCACCAGGCCGCACCGCAGUAUGGAGUUGCAGGCGGGUCUCCAUAUGGCGUGACGUUCGGCGGAGCGAGCGCGGGCGCAGGCGGCAUGUACGCACCGCCGCCAUAUGACCAGCUUCAGCACCAUCAGGCUAUCCCAGCGCUUAGCCAGCAACUACCGUACCCACAAAAUGUAUCGCAGAUGUACAGCCCAGCGGCCGCCAUGUACGCGGCGGCGGCCGGCUACCCCGGCUACAUCGGCUACCCCGUGCAGUACUACCCGUACUACCAGACCAUCCAGCAGCCCUCCAUACAGCCUCUGCGCCCAACCAUCAUGAUACCGAACGGCUUCGAAGCUGGCGGUCGGUUCGAGGGGCUCGCGCAGACGCUGCUGCCGCCCGCGCCGCCCGGCGUGCCGCCGUCCCCCGCGCACCUCGCCGCUCUACAGCCGCACCAAGUGCUGUGGCGUUAAAAGUACGAGAGGUCGCAAGGCAGCGGUGACCAUUGACCGGCGGACGGCACUCCAACCUCGUCUAUACUGUCACCAAAACAUCGUAAUGAUCGAAUUGGGGUAACACUCAUAUAACAUAACUAUCCUAUUUAGAGCAACUCUAACUUGUAAUUAACAAUAAAAAAAAAUUAAACGCAAUUGCUGCCGCAAUAUCAAAAUAUUACGUAUUUUUAAAACAAAUACAUAGUGUUCUUAGGCGAUCACAACAUAUUUAAUGUUAUUUGUAAGACAAGCGUACAGAAUUAUUGUACUUUAUUUAAUUAUUAUAUAUUCUAUAAUAAUUUCACGAUUAGUACAAUGACUAAUUAUGAUACUUGUGUAUGAAAUUUAUAAUUUUUCUUUUUCGCAUUUGUAACGUAAAGUGAUUGUGAUUUUGUUUAGAUUGAAGAAACUAUUCCUGAUUAUUUGUAAAUCAGAUAUAAGUUAUAACGUGCAAUUCAUACGUAUAUGAAAACUUUGACCACAAACUUCUAAACUAAUUAUUUUCAUGAAAAUAAUGAUUAAAAUUUACUAUUCUUAUCUAGUGCGUAUCCUGAUCACACGCACUAUGAACGCUACUGGUGAAAAUGUAAGAAUUCCGUAUGAAAUAGCACUGUAUGUAACAAUAUUCAUAAAAUAAUCGUGUAAAUCCAGAGCAUUCACUAACUCAAUGGCUUUAACACUACUAAAAUAGCUAUCGAACUUAUUUGACAUUUAUUCCAGUGAGAAAUAUAGUUUUUGUCAAAUAUCAAAAAUAUUGAUUUUUGUAAGUCACUGGGUUUGCAAAUAGCUCUGCAGUUUUUACAGUGUGAAAGUUUUAUAUCGUAUUCUUGUAUUUUUAUAAUACAUGUAUAUAUGAUUGCAUAUUCAUUUCAUACUAUUGAAAACGCCACUAUGUAACGCCUUUAUUUUGUGACAAAUGUUUGUUUGCAUUUCUCUUUAUAAUAUACAUAGUUUGAUUAACUAAUAUAUAUAUUUAUGUUGCGUGUAAAAAAUCAAUAUUCUGCAUUUAUUAUUGUUUCAUUCAAAGUUUAUGGUCUUUGAAUGUAAUGAACAAAAAUAAUGUAAGUUUCUAGUAUGUUUUCUUCAUUAUCGUGCCCAGAAACAAUGAACUUCUUCAAUGAAUUUUAAUAAUGUAAUAACAAAAAAUCUAAAAAAAUAUUGUCCAUUUUUUAUUUAAAUGAAACUUUAAAAUUUAAAUGAAGUUCUCUAAAUAAACUUCAGAUUAAGUCUGAGUAUAUAAAGGGCAAAACUCACUUUAUAAAAUUAUCUCCAAAGAUGACCCUAUUUCAAAUAUAUACCUCGAUAUGUAGAUCAUUACAAUUGUGAAUGUAAAAAGACGAUUUAAAAUGCGUUCCGUCGGUGAAUAUCAAACUUAGCCGGUUUAUAUUGACUGUGAUGUGUUAGAUAAUGUUCGCCACUUGACCGACUUAAUAAAAAAUUGGUCGUGUAUUUGCUCUCUAUUAUGAAUCGUGCCUUUGUAUCAAAAUUGGCAUCAAAAUUUCUUGCCCAAUGAUGAAUUUUGAAAAUAACCUUUUUUCUCGAAUACAAUUUGUAUGGUUUUGUUUUUAUAUCCUGUAUCAGUGAUAGUGAUUGACAUUCCAUUCAGAAAAUAUAUUUGACUGUACACGAAACACACAUGUGUUUAAUGAAAUCAUGUAUUUUUUUUUUAUUCUAUUACAUAUUUCAAAACGUAAUAUUAAACUGUCACAAGAUAUAAUAAACAUUUUUUUAUUCAGUGAUUCUAAAUAAAAAAACUUCUCAUGUGAUGACUUCAUUCAAUAAUGUAAUAAUUAAUUUUAUUUAUUAAAUGUAAAUCAUUUAAAGUUUAAAAUCACUUCAUUAAAAUAAGUAAACUCAUUUAAAGCAAAAACGAAUUCAUUAUAAGUGAAAUAAAACAAUUUAAAGCAAAAAAACGACUUCAUUUAAAGUCAGUAAACUCAUUUGUAACAAUAAUGACUUCAUUUAUUGUAAAAAUGAGGUCGUUUAUACAAGUGGCUAACAUUAGGAAGGCCGAGACAAGACACGUCUCAGAAUAGUAUUAUAGCGAUUUCGCUCUACGACUAGUAUAUUAUAAUAAAUAUAAUUUUAUGCUGUUUGUGUUAUUCAAUCACUUGUUGUAGCUCUUAUUACACCCCCAUAGUAACUUACUUAACAUUAAGUGUCAAAAACUGAUCUCAUGAUGUAUUUCGUAACUGAUGGACACUAAUGACAGUAACUUUCAGAGAGUGCAAUCUAACUCAUGAUUAUUGCCGUCUAGCUUAAUAUCUCUACUACAAUAAUUAUGAAUAAUUUUUGACGUCUUGAACAGCAGUUAUGAGUUUGUUACGAUUUAUACCGAAAAUGUUAAGUAUGGUAUCUCAAAUUAUAAAUUAAAAUUAAGCAUUUAAAUGUUCUUUUAUAAAUAUGUAUUUUAAUAAUAAUUCAUUGAAAAAAUACUACAUAUCAAUAUCCCUGUCAAAUAAAGUCAGUUUAUUAAUACAAAAAAAAUAGUUUAUCGACUGAACUACAUAAAUUAUCGUUGAUAAUUACAGUUGCUUGUGUAAAAAAAUUUUUACAAGCAGAAGUUGUCUGCAAAAUUAUAUAAUUCUCAUUAUAAACUGUCAUAAAUGAAUUGUUCAGAAAUAUGAAAAUGACUUCAUUUAAAUAAAAAAUUACUUCAUAUAUUUGAUAUAAAUGUAAUUGUAUUACUGUAAAAUAGUAAACAGUAACUGAAUAAAAAGCGCCACUGUGAACUUCACUUACUAAUUCAUUUAUUUUAAAAAUGUAAUUGUGGUUAAUAAUUACAUUUUUAAAAUAAAUGUAAUAAAAUUAUAAAAAAAAAACCAUGAAUUAAAAUUUUGCUAUUACUCUAAACUACUAAAAUCAAAUGGGAUUAUUGCUAUUCCGAGUCACAAAAAUCCAAAAAUCAAUUCACAAACAGCAUAAAAUUGUCAAAACAUUUAGCCGUAAUUAUAUAAUUGAGAAAAAAGUUUACUGUGGUUGUGCGUGACAGUGUGUGUGCGAGCGACACUCGGGGGGGGCUGCUGACGUCACAUGUGUUAAGGCAAAUCGUAUUGCUUUAUACACCUAUCAGCCUAAGGGUUCAUUUACACGAGUAAAAGUAUUGCACGCGAUUUGUGCGAGUAAAAUAUCUUGUGUUACCAGUAAAAUACACAAUGUAUUUGUGAUUUGUCCCUCUCAAUGCACGUUUGAAUUUUCUAAUAAGAUUCGCAAUGAAUGCGCCCUCUGAAAAGGGUUCAAAUUCCAAAAGAACAGUUUCUAGAGUUAUGAACUGUCUCUUUCUAAUUAGCUAGAGAUAUUUUCCUUCUUGUAGUUGUAAGAAUCUACGAGAAGGAAAAUAUCUCUUCUAAUCUCUUCCUUUGUAACUUAACUUUUAGCCCUCAUUCGCACGAGAUCUUUUUAAAAAAAGCGUUUAAGUACAACAAAUGCAUUCCCAAGCACACGACAACGUUUUUAAAACACGACGUUUUUUCGAGCUGUGUUGCUGUUACAAUUUUGGGCGUUGGAAAUAGACCUUCAUUUAACUUCAUACUAUAUUUCAACUUUUUUAACGUCCGUUAAAAAACUCUCGUGCGAAUGAGGGCUUACUGUAUGUUAAGGGGUAUACGAUUCAUUUUAAAUUAACAUGUGCGGCGUUACGUGAUAGGGUAAACAAGCGCUCCCGACCAGUUAUUCUGUUUGAUUAUAUUAUAUAUUGUGUAUUUGUAGUGUUAAUUCUGAACCCAUUCUGCCAUUUAGAUUUCUUAAAUCCAUACAUUUAAUCUACAGAUUAUAUAAAUUACCCAAACUACAUUCGACUAAUUAAUUUCUGGGUAUAUUUAUUAACGUCUCAGUCUCGUAUGGUUCGGAAAUUAUACAAAACUAGAUGCACAGUGGGUUCCAUUAUAUAUUUUCUGUUGAGUAAUGGAUUUCAUUGAAUGUAUUAACUAGAAGUGAAAGUAAUAGGAAUAAUGCAUUAUGAACUUGCAAAUGAAUAAAAAUUUCAGAUUUGACGGAAAUAUGGAAUGUGUUUCUCCAAAAAUAUGAAACAAUUAAAUUUAAUAUCAUUUACAAUAUUUAUUGUAAUGAGAUAUAGUCACUGAUGGCGUUAAAGUUUAUGUAUUAUUUACUUCUAUUAUUGAGCCAUGCUUGAAUUUUAAAUAAAUUUUUACACCUGUGGCUAGAAUUGGUAAAGUCAAACUUGCGUUUUAAGUCUAAUUUAGACAGCAUUUUGAGUUUUUUGGUUAUCAUAAUGCCUGAGGUUUAUAUUGAAUGUUUUACUUUAAAAAACAUUUAGAAUGAAAUCUGUUUGUUUUAAAGUAUAGCUUGUGGGUGAGACGGAAUCUCAACGCGCUAAGCGUUAUUAUAACUUGUUGUUUUCUCUGGUUAUGUGUAGAAACGACAUUUAAAAUCGCGAAUGUUAAUUUUAGCUAAUACUCGGUAAAAUAUUUCAUUCUGUCCAAAUAUAUAUAUUUUUUUUGGAUUAAGUUUGGACAGUAUUUGAAAAAACAGAAUUAUCUGUUAAUAUAUAUUUGGAAAAUUACAAAAUAUUAUUUUACAUUUGCGUAUUUGAAUGGCGAACGAUAAAUGUGUUGGAAGAUGUGAUGUGGUGUGUAAAAAUUGCAUUUAAAACCGCGAAUGUUAAAUUUAGCUAUUAAUCAAUUAAACGUGCAAUUUAUUCUUUUUUUAGACAGAAUUUUAACUAUUUUAAUAACAGAUUUGACUGUUAGUGGGUAUGCAUUUAAAAAACAUUACAUUCUCGUAUUUAAAUGCCGAGCGAUAAAUGUGUUGGAUUAUGUAAUGAAUAUUCUGAAAACAUUCGUGAUUUAACGAUUAUAAUUUACAGACCGAGUGUCACUUCUUUAUUUUAAAAAUGCAUUUUAUAUGCAACGAUAUUUUAUUAUAGAUAUGUUACGUCCCUACAAAAUCACCGUGUAUCCAAAUUUAACUACUUCACUGAGCGCACACAUGCACAGUUUUGUGUCUACUUACAACAAUAUAUGUUUACGUAUAUAUACAUAUUGUUGUAAAUACACUACAACAAUAUGUUUACGUAUAUAUACGUAAACAUAUAUUGUUGUAGUUUUUGCACUUCUAAACACAACUCGAUAUUGUAGAUUUGGUAUCACUUGUUUAAAUAACUUUCGUUGUUUAAUAAGCGACUAAAUAAAAUUAAGGCAAUUAUGUACAUUUGUCCGCCUCAGUUGAUGAUGCAAGUGCCCUAUCUCUAGUAUAAAAUAUCGUUGUUUUAUAUGUCACGAAAAUGUUAUGAAAAUUUAUGACAAGGCCAAAUCAAUUGUGUACAAAUUGUGACCACUUUGGUCUUGUUCAUUUUAGCAUUAACAAGGAGCCGUAUCACGAAUGAAAUUAGAAUAUUCAUUAACAUGUUCCAUAUAUACUCAGGGGCACAAUUAUCCGCCCACUUUAAUACACUCGUGUCUUAUUAACAAGGGCGGAUAAUUGUGCCUCUGAGUAUAUUGUUAAGAGAUGGAAAUGUUUUUUUUUUUUAUAAAAUGAGCUGAUUAUAAGUGUAAACGUCUCAAUGAUGAGAUUGCAAUUUGAUUGUAUUUUUGUUAGUGUUUUCAACCCUAUUGCAUAUUUUAAAUAAAUGUUUACAACACUGAAUCUCUAUAAAAUAUUUGUAUUUUGUGACGAAAGUUUUGACUCAACACUAGAUCUGUCUACUAACCACUACUGAAUAAAACUAUUCAAAAUCCAUGCAUAUAGGGUUGAAAAACGCACAUCUGUAGAGAAAAAAAAAUACCAAGAAACAUGUAUUUGCUACAAAGGGACAGGCUAUAAAAAUGUCAUAUAGUCUGACUAUUUCCCGCAUUAUUGUCUUAACAUAAUGGGUGACUGUUAUUAUUUUUUUAUUCUACAUUCUUAUACAUGGUGUUUCUGUUAUGACUUCAUUAGGCAGAUAAAGCACGUUUUACACAGACAGGGAGCGUCUGCGGCUUUUAAAAAUGCAAUAAGGUUGAUCGAUGUCUGUACAAUGAAUAGUUUAUUAAAACAGUCUAAUGGUUAUAUUAAUUUGAAAGUUUAAUCAAUAAACAUAUAUCUGAACAACAUACUUUUAUUUUAUUAAAAAAUAUCGAACCCUGGCUAUUAAAAUAAAUAUAUCAAAGCACAUUCAAAAUAAUUGAAUAGUUGGUGUUGAAAUAUAACAGAAAUGGUUGUCAACCAAAAUUAAUAUGUUGUAUAAAGUAAUUUUCAUAAUGAUAUAAGUUAUAUUGUGUGG